UUGUCAAGCCGGGCCUUAAAAACCUCUAAGGAUGGAGAUUCCACCACCUCCCUAGAGUUCACUGUGUCAGCCGUGAGAAGCUCCAUUCAGCUCCGAGCCCAGCCCCGUGGGCUUCCCAGCACCAGGAUGGUUUCCUUCAUCCUCUGCCUUUUCCCUGCUCUCCUAGCUACGAGUGCACAAGCGGCAACCCUGACAUGCAAAACCUGCGUUGGUUCAGCAGACGCCUGCCGUACUGCUCAAGGGACCUGCAGCGUAGACAAGGCUACAGGUAGCUGCUAUUCGGUGGCAGAAGAAAUUACACUGGGUGGGGGAAAGAUCACUGGCUUCUCCAGUGGCUGUUUAGAUGACUAUAAUAUUGUCAUAAAAGGCCCCAUCACUGUCACUGUUGCGAAUGACACAUAUCUGCGGAUCAACACCUCCUGGUGCAACACAGACAAUAACUGUAACUCGGCCGUACCGGAAGUGCCCAAGGGGAGCACCACCUUGAACGGGCUGCAGUGCCCAACCUGCUUUGCUCUGAGCGCCGAUCCCUGUGACAGCCACAUCGCCCCUUGUACAGGGGACGAGACCUAUUGCAUCGAUUUCGCUGGGACAGCACGGAGAGGUUCAGAGAGAUCACCAUUUGCCGCAAAAGGCUGUGCUACUGCGUCCACAAAAGAGAUUAAAGUUGGAAUCACACUGUUUUCUGCCCUCUCCAUGUUCACGUUCACAAAGGUGAUCUCCAAACCUGCGGAGAAAACACCCACCAGUGGGGCCAGCCCGGCUCUGGGGAAAUUCUCCUUUGCCCUCUACCUGCCUGGCCUGACUGGGCUGCUGCUGGUGAAACUGCUCUCCUGAGCCCCCGCCCUGCACGGCCCACGCAGCACCUGAUUCCUGCCCAUUGCAGCCUGAGCUAUGAAUCGUACAUUAAAUUCUAUUGAUUGCUUAUGAAGUCCCAGUGAUCACUGGGAGGUCUGACAGGUUCUGGGCCCUAGAUCCGUCCCAGUGUUAUUAAAAUUGCUGUUCAGUUGGGGACCCCGAUGGGGCCUGUCGCAGCCCUCGCACUGGAGGAACCUUCUGUGUUUGUAAUCGUUGAUCAACACAUUUAGCAGAGUCCCAAACGCUCCAGCCCAGCACAAUGGACAGCGGUAAUACAGAAUGUCCAUCUGAACCGCCCCAUACUCGCACUGCCCCUUGCAGAACAACCGGAAAUGUUAGUCAUUGUCUUCCUCCUCACCAUCACCUUCCUCAUCAUUACCAAUGGCCAUGAUCCGGGCACCCCUCAAACGCUACAUCUCGCUCGCCUCCUGCCCACAGGCUGUGGUGCAACUUUUAUAAUAUGUUACGCUGGCGCCACUGUGCCUAAUGCCUAUUCAGUAGGGGCUUCUCCCCUCCCCCUUAUCUAUAUCUCCUCACCCUACCGAUGUCGGGGUCCCUUCUCCGGUAGGUUAGGAUGUUACUGUUGGUGUUACUAGGCACCACCCUAGGUAACUCGGGAGGGUGGAAGGCCACCAAGUGUCAAUGAAGCCUUCCUGCACUAGGCCUAUAUGAACCAAACUUCUUCCAUGUUUAAACUCUAAUCAACCUCAAAAGCCAGGUGCAAUUG